AUGAAGAUUCUUACCAAGGAGGAGGAGCAGGCUCACUACAACGCCACGGUCAAGGGUGGCACCGUAGGUCUCAUGACUGGUCUGGCAAUCAGCGGUGCUGGUGUCUGGUUCGCCUCGAGGAGAUACCCCAUGUUCCGCCAGCUCUCGAUUCCUUUCCGGACCUUCCUUGUUACCUCCGGCGGUACCUUCGUCAGUAUCAUUGCCGCCGACCACGCCUCGCGCCGCUACGACAUUGAGACCAACCCGGAGAAGAAGCGUCUCGAGGAGGAGGAGAAGGCCCAGGCGCAGCUGCUGGAGGCCGGCAAGACGUCGUUCGAGAAAAUCAAGGACUGGGCUGCCGAUCACCGCUACCCCAUCGUUUUCGCCGCGUGGCUGGCUUCCAUGGGCGGCUCCUUCGCCAUCGUCUCUCGCAACCCCUACCUGUCGGGCCAGCAGAAGUUGGUGCAAGCUCGUGUCUACGCUCAGGGUCUAACGCUCGCGGUGCUGCUGGCCAGCUUUGCGUUCGAGGCCAACGACGCCAACAAGGGCGCGGGCCGCUGGGAGACGGUCAAGGUCCUCGACCCGAACGACCCCACCCACUCGCAUUACAUCGAGAAGAAGAUCCACCACGAGCGCUACACGGGUGAAGACCAGUGGAGGGAAAUGGUCGAGGCUGAGGAGCGCAAGAUGAAGGCCCGCGAAGCUGCCGCCAAGGCUGAGGCGGACCAGGAGCGCAGGGAUGGCAAGCUGAAGCACUAG